GCCACUCGUUGUACUAUUCCCCCACGGCCAGUAGAGGGAGGGCUGCCAACUCAAUUAAACUGCCCAUUUUAUUUUCUGCUGUCAAUGCCAAAAUGUCAAGAGCACCUAGGAGUGUUUCUGCAUUGCAUUGACCUAAUUAUCCGAACGGUUCACAGAGGAGGAGGAGGAGUUGAUGUCCCCAUGUAGUCUUAACCAAUGGAGAUAUGAAAUCGCUGCAGUGGACUAUGGACUAAAUUAUUGGCCAUGUGAUUCCCAUCUGGACAUACGGGAGAGGACAUGACGAAGCCUUCAGGGAACACUGACUAUUAUAUGAGUCCUGUGUUUGCAUUCACAGUGUCCCUGCUCUAGCCCCAGACUGGUCAGUAUGGCUGUGCUGGUGCAUCUUCUCGCCUGUGCCUUCGGGCUGGGCUCGUGGGUAGCGGUGAACGGUCUGUGGGUGGAGCUGCCUCUCAUCGUGAACACUCUGCCCGAGGGGUGGGACCUGCCCUCUUUUCUCACCGUCAUUAUUCAGCUCGCCAACGUGGGCCCUUUGCUGGUCACUCUGAUGCACCGGCUGUGCCCAGGCAGACUCAAAGAACACCUGGUCAUCUACUCCAUCCUCUGCAUAGGCAUGAUGUCCUGUCUGUUGCUCGCCCUCUUCUGGGACAGGACCACAGUCAUCGGGGGGGCUCCACACAGCACAGCCUUCUUCAUCAUCACUUUCUUCUUGGCUCUGGUCGACUGCACGUCCUCUGUCACAUUUCUGCCUUUCAUGAUGCAGCUGCCGGCCAAUUACAUCACCACAUUCUUCAUCGGGGAGGGCCUCAGUGGGUUUAUCCCCGGUGUAAUUGCACUGGCUCAGGGUGUGGGGAUGGCCAAGUGUGUAAACUCCACUCACACUACAGGAAACAACUCCAGCUCUGAGGAGCUGUGGUCCUUUCACACAGAAUACCUCCCCCCAAACUUCUCCACUGAGUUGUUCUUCUUUUUCUUGGCUCUCAUGAUGUGCGUCAGCCUCGGUGCGUUUAUUACACUUAAUAAACUCCCUCGGACAUUUGAGAUGUCGACAGAAAACCUGGUCCCAGACACUCCAGUUUCCUCUGUCUGCUCAGGUCUGGAUAACCCCGGGACCGACACAGAGGGUGAGAGUAACCAUGGUGACAGAGAGGAGGGUCCCUCUAAGGUCCACCCUAAACACUCCAUUGCCCAGCUCUGCUUCAUUUACUGUGUGGUGGUCUGGGUGAAUGCUGUCACCAACGGGGUUUUGCCCUCAGUACAGACGUACUCAUGUAUACCCUAUGGUAACCUGGCCUACCACCUCUCCGCUGCCCUCUCCUCUGUGGCCAACCCUCUGGCCUGCACCGUGGCCAUGUUCGCGCAGACCCGGUCUCUGGUCUUUCUGGGAGUGCUGACUUUCUUGGGCACUGGAUUUGGGAGCUACAACAUGGCCAUGGCUGCGAUGAGUCCAUGCCCAUUGUUUCAGGGCACCAUGUUGGGGGAGAUCCUCAUAGUGCUGUCGUGGCUCUGCUUCACCGGGACUCUGUCUUAUGUCAAAGUGAUGGUGGGUGUGAUCCUGAGGGACCGCAGCCACAGCGCCCUUGUGUGGUGUGGGGCAGCCGCUCAGAUGGGCUCUCUGCUGGGCUCUGUCACCAUGUUCCCCCUGGUCAAUAGCUACAGGCUGUUCCAGGCUGGAGACUUCUGCAGUUCACAAUGUCCUUCAUGAUGCCUGGAGGAGUUCAUAGCAAAUUAGAUUUUUUGUUACAAAUGACUUAUUUAAAGGUACACUAUAUAACUUUCUGGAGGUGGCAAAAUAGAUAGAGAUAAAUAAAUUCUAGAUCAUCUAUCAGAGACAUCAUUACACUUUUCACCCUGUAAACACAGAAUACAACAAACAAUAGACAAAAACAUUGAGAUAUGUGGAAAUGAGAUGGAAAGGAUUAACAAUUCCUUUGAAACAAGCAGGAGAAGGCUCCAGGAAGAUAAAAGUCAAGUUUGUGGAGAUGCAAACAAGUGUUUCAGUGUAAUAAACAAAACCAAAAUGGAGUGUCUAACUUUGUCCACUAGAUGGCAGAAGUGCAUUAAAUUCCAAUGACUGUCAGACGCUUGAGCUCUAGCCUCCAACGCAAUGCACUUGUAGAAUAACCACUAUGAAUGAAUAUUGAAUACAUUUGUGUAUUUAACUCAGUGUUUUCUAAAAUAAUAAAUCAUUAUUGUCUACUA